UGGGAUGAAAUAAGAUGCUGGCAAAAAGGAGCUGAAGGAAAACGCUCGCAAGCGCGCGUGGAGGCAGCGUUUCGACCAAUUGCAAAGCGCAGCAUGCAGCAGAGUAGGCGGGGCCUAGCCGGAGCACAUCACCCAUCUAACCUACCUUCACGCGCUUAUUGUGUAAAUCUUUUAAAAACCAAUUACCGCAGCGUCACCUCAAACAUUCCUCCUCUCUGCCUCGGCGAAAUACACAUUUUUUUAAACCAGUUGAACUCUUAUUUUUGUUUUGGCGUGGCGUAAGGAAAGCGGACAGCAUCAACCAUGACCGACAGAAAAGCGGUGAUCAAGAACGCCGACAUGUCCGAGGACAUGCAGCAGGACGCCGUGGACUGUGCCACCCAGGCCAUGGAGAAGUACAACAUAGAGAAGGACAUCGCUGCCUACAUCAAGAAGGAGUUUGACAAGAAGUAUAACCCGACCUGGCACUGCAUCGUCGGGAGGAACUUCGGAAGCUACGUCACCCACGAGACAAAGCACUUUAUUUAUUUUUACCUGGGCCAAGUGGCCAUCUUACUCUUCAAGUCUGGCUGAUAAGUUUCUGAUGGGUACGGAGGGAGUUUGCCUCCCUGAAGCUAAAUCUGAAACGCACCGGUGGCUGAUGUCUCCCAUACACUAACAACAACAUACCAUAACGAUGCAAAACCCGCCGUGCGCAGUUGCAUGGACUAUACACUAUAUAAUAUGUAUGUUACAGUAAGUUUACUUUUCAAAAGUUGCCAUUUGAACGCAACUGAAGUAGUUUUCGUUGAAGCUGUCGAAAUUCUAGGUUAUAUGAAAUUUCCGCGUGGCCCUUGAUUGUGAAAAUAAAGGAAAGCUGUCGAAUGUAGUGGUUCAUCUGCUUUCCGUCACCAGUUAGAGAAGUUUCUGUUUGAGACGGUAAAAUUAUAACACAUUCACCCAGUUUAACAAAUUAUCUUUUACUUGGAUUUUAAAAUUCUGUUUGUUUGUUUUUUUAAUCUACAUUGUGAUUUUAAAAAACGUUUGCAGUCUAAAAUGCACAAAAUCAAAUCUGGAUGGAACGUUUUUUUGUUUUGUUUUUUUUUUUUUGUUUGUUUUAGCAGCCGAGUUCAGAGAAGAUGUCACAACAUCUGACAAACUUGACACUUUGGAAACUGUCACGAGAGAGUGCAAAUAUUUCCAGGUAUGUGAAGUUUGUCAAAUUUUAAAGUUCACUGUGAAAGAAAACAGCAGUUAGGGCUCACACUCACACACACAGACCUUUAGCCUGUAACAUCCAUGUUCCAACACCAAGACACUCCACCUAACUUUAGAUUUUCAGUGUUAAAUGCAUGUUUGAAAGGACAGUAACCACGUUUCAUUUAACAACAAGAAGACACAGCUUUUCCUGGAGGAGAUUAUUAUUAUUAUUAAUUUGAACUGACACUCUUGAGUUUGUAAAUAUUGGACAUAAUUGACGUGUGUCUUGUCCCAGUAAUAGGCAGGUGUUUUAGGUAAACGCUUGCUGCUAAGUCCUACUAGGCUACCAUCACUCCCGUGUUCUGGGUGGUCGUGUCGUCUCACGUGGCUCGUGAUAUUUUAAACUCGCAGCUUCCUGAGCUUUUAUUUUUUUUAGUUUUUACGUUGCCUGUGUACCCGUCAUGCCUGGCUAAAUUUUGAGUUUGGACUCUUAAACUUCAAACAGGUUGUUCUCUUGUCAAAUUUCUAGUUUUUGAGUUUUUUGUAAUAUCAGUAAGAUUAAUUUGAAAUGGCGACGCACAAUGUUGGGAUUCUGAUUAAACGUGCGCGUUUGAGGACGGACUGGUGACGAGUGUUUCUCGCCGAGUUGUUUUCCUCAUACGUCUGCUGAGGGUGAAUCGUUUAAAAAAGUGUUAGUUUGGAUUGAUGUUUUUUUUCUGAGGAACGUCUUCCUGAUUAUCGUCGAUGUGAAAUGAUUUUUAGUUUUUCUUCUGGCAUGUAUUUUUUGCGAUGUACGUGUACUGUAGGAGCCGUUCCGAUGCCGUUUAAAUUUGCACAAAACGUGUGCCUGUCAUUGCUCUCAACUGUAACUGGCUUGAGUACAAUUGCACUUCAUUAGAACUAUCCAGUAGGUUGCUACAGAACCAAAAUUGUUAAAAUAAAAUAAAAAUUCAUUGUUGACUUAUA